UCACGAUCAGUCGGCAGAGCUUUCACCCUCCCAAUAUUUUCCCUCUUCCGCUUCCUGCUAUUUAUCAUAAACCCUAGCGGCCUCUUUCCCCUCUAAUACAGACUUUCUCUCUCCGCAAAAACGAGAAAUACGUGAAUCCAAAUAACUCGCCGAUUUUUCAUCUUCCUCUCUUUCAACAGUUUCGGACUUCAGAGAGAGAGAGAGAGGAUAGCAGAAACCCAUCUCUCGCUCUCUUUGUAAGGAGAACAGAUCUUUGUCUUGAAACGAUUUUUUUUUUCUCUCUCUGUAUCUGUUUCGGGUUUUAGUUUUUCGAUUUGGAGUCGAUGGAUCUUUUUGUUUCUUUUCGGUCUUAGUUCAUGAAUCUGUGUUGAUCUGUGCCCGAUUUGUUCGACGGUGUUUUUUUUUUUUUCUUCUCUUCCCUCUUGCACUAUGAUGUUCCUUUUGCUUGUCUUUACUGUUUACUGAGUUUUUGUAAGUAGUCUGAGUCGCGCUGAGUCGAAAUAUUCGUGUCUCAGUCGAGGAACUGAGUGAACAAUACAAAAGAUCCGAGGAAAUGUUGGGUUUUCCCUCGUCUAAGAAAACAUAGGUUUUAUUUACGUUGUAUUCGGAGUGUUACCAGGCCAUUUGAUGCGGGGAAAAAGGUCACGGUUCUGAUACUGAGUCAGCUCGGAGCGAGUUGUACAGUGAGUCGGUUAAACGAGUCAGCCCGAGUUGUACAGUGAGUCGGUUUAGCGAGUCAACUCGAGUUGAGUCGGGUAGCGAGAUCAGGAGAAGGGUGGUCGCGCAAGAAAAUCUGAACCUCACGGCGAUGCCGUCCGUGGGAAUGAGACGGACGACAAGAGUGUUCGGGGUGGUGAAGGGCGUGGACGGGGCCAGAGUGCUGCGCUCAGGGCGUCGCUUAUGGCCCGAGUGCGGCGAGGCCAAAGUCAGGAGGACCCAAGAUGGUGAUGACUGGUACCGCCUGGUGAAAAACGGUGGCGUACAUGGACCAGGUGGGGGCGGUGGUGAUCGUACAGGGUGCAAGCCUUAUGGUGGUUGGACCUGUCAGAAAGUGAAUCCCAAGCAAGAAUUGAUUGACCACAACGAACAAGAAGAGAAAUGUCAAUUGAAAAAAUCCAAAAGAGCAAAAGUUGAAGUCUCGGAUGAUGGAAAAAAAGUAGAUAAGAUGUUCGGCAUCGUGUACAGAAGGAAAAGGAAGAGAGUUGAUCACCGAGGUGGUAACGUUUCAGAAUGUUCAGAAGAUAAAAUGUAUGGCAUUGGGUAUAUUCGUAGACAAAGAAGAAAGAGUAAGGGUGGAGAUGUUUUGAGUUGUGGGUUCAGUGUUUCUCCUGUGAUCGUUGCUGUUGUUAAUGGUCCUUGUAGUAUGACUUAUUGGUUUUCUUGCGUUUUGAGUUUGGUUUUGGUGCAUAUUAGGAGGAGAGGAGUGCGGUUGUCUGAACUUGCUGCAUUCUUCCUGUCUCAGCCCAUCAAUGGUGUUUUCUCUGAGCACGGCGUUCGUUUCUUGCGUGAAGCUCCUGCUAAUUGUACAGGACUCUGCAAGCUUUUUAGGGCCAGGCAUUUUUUACCGUCAUUUUCUGUGGAUUUUUCUGCAGUUCCUAGUUGUUUUACACACAUGCACCAUCAUAUUCUCCUACGAACUGACCGUCAGACAUUAGCUCUUGUAAAUAAAUUAAUGUCUGACCAGUCAAAUGACAAAGAAUGUGAAGAAUUGGAUGCAUCUGAUAGUGAAGUUGAGAUUGUGGGCCCUGAAUCUAGUAAUUCUGGGAACAGAGUUAUAUUGCAUCCAUCUAUUAGAGGUUCAAAAUUAACUGGUAGGAAUGUCCAGUACAGGAAUGGUGGAAGUUCUCGAAAUAUUCGUAAAAGGAGGAGUUCUAUUCGGAGGAGAAGGGCUAGAAAUCCUACACUUGGUCUACACAAGGCUGGUGGAGCUUUAGUAUCUGAUUUGAUUACAAGUAGGAAUAGUGGUGUCCCGUUCUCCUCUGUAAUCUCUAAAAGCAACCUUAGUAGUUCAGCUCGGAUUAAGUCAGCUGUUAACUUGAAGGGAAUGAGUUCUUCAACGGUUGGAUUGACACAGGACAUGGAUUCGUCAUGCUGCUCAGCAAACAUAUUGUUGACUGAGUCGGACAGAUGUAAACGGGAAGAAGGAGCCAGGAUUAUUUUGGAAGUGUCCUCUUCCGGAGAGUGGCUUCUUGUUGUCAAGAAAGAUGGGUUAACUAGAUAUGCCCACAAGGCACAAAAAGUUAUGAGGCCUUCUACUUCAAACCGUUUAACGAAUGCUAUGAUAUGGACUGGGAAUGAUAAUUGGAAGCUUGAGUUCCCCUGUCGACAGGACUGGAACACUUUCAAGGACCUUUACAGGGAAUGUUUCCAACGCAAUGCAUUACCUUCUGCAUCCAAAGUCAUUCCUGUUCCUGGAGUUCGAGAGGUUUCUGGCUAUGUAGGUGGGAAGGAUGCCCCAUUCUGUAGACCAGAUUCAUACAUAUUAAUGAAUGAAGAUGAAUUAUCUAGAUCAAUGGCUAAGGGGACCGCAAUUUAUGACAUGGACUCUGAAGAUGAAGAAUGGCUGACAAAGUUCAAUGCUGGUUUUUGUGAUGUGAAUGAGCCAUAUGAGCAUCUUUUGGAGGAUAAUUUUGAAUUGAUGAUUGAUUCCUUUGAGAAGGCACUUUAUGAUAUUCCUGGUGAUUAUACAAAAGAGGAAGCAGUUGCUAACCUUUGCCCUGAACUGGGUGGGAGUGAAGUGGUAGAAGCUGUCUAUGAUUACUGGAUGAAAAGAAGGAAACAGAAAAAAUCACCACUUCUUAGAGUUUUCCAGCAGUGCCAUCAGGAGAAGAAAGCUUUAGUUAUCCCCAAGCCUGCUCUACGGAAGAAAAGGUCAUUCAAACGACUGGGAUCCCAGAUUGGAAGAGGCAAAAACCAACAAUGGCAGCCGAACAUGAUGCUGAAGAGCGCAAUGCCGUGGCCAAAGUUGAACAAGCGAAAGCCACACUUGACAGAUCGGUGGAAGCAGCAGUUGUGAAGCGACAACGAGCUCAGAUACUUAUGGCAAAUGCUGAUUUGGCUAUGUACAAAGCCACGAUGGCGCUUAGGAUUGCAGAGGCUGCUCGAGUGGUCGAGCCCAGCAAUGCUGCUGCUGAUUUUUUGGAUUGAUGAUUCA